UCCUCCUACUCAUAGUUACACAGUUUGAGCUUUGCCGUUUUGACAGUGACAGCCCGCUCAUGUUGGAGUUACGGUCACUACUAGGCAAAGUGAAUGCAACGAGCUAAUUGCCAGCCUCCGAUGGUAGGCAGCGGGUGAAUUCUGUGUUACGUUACGGGAAGGAGCCUGGGGGGGAGCUGAGACCGUGUUCGGUUUCCCCCCAGCUUCGAGGAAAUGGAGAUUACUGCGGAGGCUGAAGCGGAGGAACGCAGACGGGAGCACUGGAAGCUGCUGUCCAGUCUGAAGACCACGGUGGAGGGUCUUGUGUCGUCCAACAACCCCAACGUGUGGUCCCGCUACGGUGGUCUGCAGAGGCUGCAAAAGGACAUGAAUCACAUCCUCAGCCAUGGCCUCAAGCAUGAGCAGGUUUACUACAAGCAGAAAGACUACUGGCCUUUUGUUUGGUGUGUCCGGUACAUCUGCCCUCACCUGGCCUUUCAUGUGGAGCAGUUCAGGAACCUGGAGCCGGUGCUGAGCAGUGGUCUGCAGAGUCCCGGAGAGGGCUUCAAGGCCGAGCGCUGGCUGCUGUACAGCCUCCAGUCCCACCUUCUCUCCGCCCAGCUCCGACCGCUACUCCGUCACCACGGGCACACCAGCAAGUACUACAAUGAGGACGCCUUUCUGCUGAGUGAGCCCCAUGUGACGGCCAUGUUCCAGUGUCUGGAGGCCGUGGAGCAGAAUGACCCUCGUCUGCUGGCCCUCGUCGACACCGUCCGGCUGUCCACUCUGAUCUGCCCUCCGUGCAUCGGAGGCUUGAUGAAGAGCCAGAGCCUGUGUAUGCUACCCGGGACCAGGGGCGUGUGGAGGUCUGGAGAGGGGCGGGACCUGAGGGCCCUCGGAGGGGGAGAGGGGAACCGCAGGUUCACCACAUCCCAUUUGACCCUGCCACACCAGGAUGGAGGGGACACGACCAGCAGCAACCAUUCCAGGGUCAUCUCAGAGAGGCUCUCCGACACUCACUCAGACAGCCCUGCAGGAGGAGCGCCCUGGGGGUGUGCUUUGGGGUCCGAACAGGAGAACACUCCCGGCCCCCCCAUCCCUCGCAUCGCACUGACCGAGCCCCUCUCCCCGGGCCCCGCCCUCUCCCCGGGCCCCCCCCUUUCCCCGGGCCCCGCUCUCUCCGACGCCCAGGACUCUGGGGGAGGGGACGAAGACGACGGGCCGGAGUACCUGGCCAUUGGUAACCUGGGGCAACGCUGCAAUCGGCGUGACUCCCAGAGCUCCACCCCCUGCAGCGAGCCCAGCGAAUCAGACAGCACGGUUCACGCCCCUUCCGAAGGACGCAGCUCCCUGGCCUCGGCCCCGCCUGCUCCUCACCGACGGUCGUCCUUCUCUGAGGGUCAGAGGGGACCAGGUCGAGGGGGCCACAAGGGACACGCCCGCUCCGUUUCAGAUACGGGGAUCAACCAGAAACACAGACUUGAGUCGUCGGUUACGGAGGACUGCUGUGUGAAGGACUACAACCCGUUCUCCCCCAGCAGCAGUGAUGCCAGUACCUCUAGCUCGCUCUAUAUGGAGUCCAAUGGGUCCCAGUACAGUGGAGUUCCAGACGGCAUGUUCCGGAAGCCGUCCGAGGGCCAGAGCCUCAUCAGCUACCUGUCGGAGCAGGACUUCGGCAGCUGUGCUGACCUCGAGAAGGAGAACGCCCAUUUCAGCAUCUCGGAGUCUCUGAUCGCCGCCAUCGAGCUGAUGAAGUGCAACCUGAGGCGACGGCGGGACGAGGAAGAGGACGAGGCAGACGACAGUGACUCAGAGAUCCAGCAGCUCAAGCAGAAGAUCCGCCUGCGGAGACACCAGAUCCAGCGCACCCGCCUGCCCCCCCCACAUCACAUGUUCAACUAUACAGACAGUGGAGGUUCUGGCCGGAGCUCCCAGGAUUCCUGUCACCUUUCUGACUCCGGCUCAGCGGAGGAGGUGGAGGAGUGUGAGCUGAAAGAUGACUGUGAGGGCCAGUCCCUGUUGGUGAUAUCUAGGAACGGGCUCUCCUUGUCGCUCGCCUCCCUCUUCUCAGAUGCAGACAUAAAGCGCAGUGUGACCUCCAGCGGGCGCUCAUUUCUUAGUUCAGAGUCCAUAAUGGUAGCCCGUGCAUUGGACUGGACUGUCGAUAGAAUGUUUAGGUUCCGGUCAAGCCCAUAUCAAUCUCAGAGCUCGCCCUUGUUUCUCCAGUCCAACUCGGCCGAGUCGGUGGCCAUGGGGCUGCUCCGGCAGUUUGAAGGAAUGCAGCUCCCGGCCGCGUCGGAGCUCGACUGGCUGGUCCCGGAGCAUGACGCUCCACAGAAGCUUCUGCCCAUUCCUGACUCCCUGCCCAUCUCCCCGGAUGAUGGCGAACACGCGGACAUCUACAAGCUGCGGAUCCGGGUUCGAGGGAACCUGGAGUGGGCUCCGCCGCGACCCCAAAUCAUCUUCAACAUUCACCCGGCGCCCAAGAGGAAGAUAGUGGUAGCCAAGCAGAAUUACCGCUGUGCCGGCUGCGGUACACGCAUAGACCCAGACUAUAUCAAGCGACUGCGCUACUGCGAGUACCUGGGCCGCUACUUCUGCCAGUGUUGCCACGAGAACGCCCAGGCCGUGGUGCCAGGCCGUGUGCUGAGGAAGUGGGACUUCAGCAAGUACUACGUCAGCAACUUCGCCCGCGACCUGCUAGGAAAGAUUGCCGGGGACCCCCUGUUCAACCCGAAUGACAUAAACAGUGGCCUCUACAAGAAGAACAAGGCCCUGGAGACUGUCCGGGUUCUGAGGGUCCAGCUGUUCCACAUGAAAAACCUCUUCAAGACCUGCCGCCUGGCUAAAGGACCCGUUCAUUCCCGCAGCUUGCUGGACCAGUUUGACAGCCUCCCGGGUCACCUGACCGAGGACCUACACCUGUUCUCCCUCAACGACCUUGGCGCCGUGCGCAACGGAGAGCUGGCGCCCCGGCUACGGGAACUGCUGAAAUUGGGCUCAGCGCAUGUGUCUGGCUGCGUGCUGUGUCAGGCCAAGGGCUUUGUGUGCGAGUUCUGCAGCAACGACAAGGACAUCGUCUUCCCGUUCGAGCUGCACAAGUGCUCACGCUGUGAAGAGUGCAAGGCGUGUUUCCACAGCAAGUGUUUCCGGGUGGGUAAGGACUGCCCAAGGUGUCGGCGACUGGCCGAGCGGCGAGAGAGGAUGGCACGUAAGAAUAUGGAAGAGCAGGAGGACAAAGAGGAGGACGAGGGAGGCGGGAGCUAGGCCCACGUUCCGAGAAACAACUGAACAAGGACAGGAGGAUUUAAGGUGUAACAAACAAGAGCACAACACGACAAUGAUUGUAUAUGCUGACAGAGACAACUCCUCUUAUUAACACCUCCAUCCAUCCUUUUCUCCCUAAAAGUGCAGCUUUGGGUUACGGGAUGAGCUGGGGCCACUUUCUUUUUUUUUUUGUUAGCUUCUGCAUUUUUUAUUUCAUGUUCUUCACCGAAACUGACAGGAUGCUGGUUUUAAUUUGUCGAAUGCCUUGUUAACAUGCUGAAUGGCAAACCUAUAAUUGAUUUGCUAUUUUGUCUGCUUUUAUGCUUUGGUGCUCUGACUCCAAAGUGUAGAUAUCAUAAUUGGAUAUAACACUGCCAUUUACGUGGAGACAAUAUAGUUUUAAACAAAACAAAGUAGGUAAAUGUACUGAGUAAGAAAAAAAAGUAUGCCUUUAAUAUCACUACUUAUAAAUCCACCUCCUCCCAUUUUAUGAUAUUUUAGCAAAGUCGAUGUUGCCCCGCGACCAAUGUUCUCCAUCUGCCGUUUCUUGUUGUUUAAGAGGAGUUAGAUUUACUGGUCUUGGGGUGUGGGGGGGAGGGUCGCAAGAGGUGCGUGAGUGUGCGUGUGCGUGUGCGUGUGUGUGUGUGUGUGUGUGUGUGUGCGUGUGCGUGCGCAUGUGUAUAUCUGUGCGCAGAUGUUUUGCACCAGCCUAACGAGGCACUUAAUAUUUACCUUUCUUGUGUUUUAUCUUUGUGUCCAAUUUGAGGCGUGUUUUUUUUUUUUUAGAUUUAAAUGAAUUGCACUGGUUCCGUCUGGAGUUGAAGGUGGAAGGUCACUCUGAGACGUCUCACAAGCCAAGCAUGUGGCGUUUUCUAAUUUUAUUGGAAUUCUCUCAUCCUGAUCUCGCCAGCUUACAUGCAGAUUAAUCGUUCAUUUUGGCCGGUUCAUUUUGGUCUAAUAUUCCAAAAUGACGUCCUUUCCUCAUCUCCUCUUCUUUGGACAUGUUUGCUGUUUUUGAACAUUGUGGAACAAUUUUAGAGAUAUAAUGAUGUCAAUAAAUAUACUAUAAUAUUCACCCACUAUCGUGAUAUUCACCUAAUAUCCUGUUGCUGACUAAUUUUCCUGCUGUGAGAAACUUUGCAUAGUAUACAUUUUGAACAGGCUUGUUAAUGCACAACAUUUCUGGCCUGGUCUUUGACUAGAAUGCUUUUUUGUAAUGUUUAGUUUAAACAUGUUUUUUUGUGUCCAGUAGAUCACAAGACCAUAACUAUACAGACAUUCUUAUCUCUGGAAACAACAAAAUACUUCCAUGAAACCAGCCGCGUUUGUCCUCUCAAGUCUCUAGCUAUGUGCAGGGUAGGAUCCAUUACCAGUUAUGGGGGUGUCCUCUGUUCAUCUAACAUGUGAGCAAACUAUUUGAAAGGAAAAACUGCACUGAUACCCUCAACCCCUAAAGCUUGCUGGACUUGUGGCUGGGUGAGGUUAUCUCAGAGUAGGAGUGGUCAUGUAGGGUCAGGCCCCACCCACUCUGUCUUGUCUGCCACAACAGAAUCCAGGGAAACACCGUCUUUAAUCUAGCUAACCCCACGUGUGGCCCCCUCUCAGAUGUCUCUCCUCUGCCCGCUAUGUUACGGCCCGGUCCACGUAGUUUUAUCCAGUGUAAACUGAGCCUUGAUCUGAACCUCUCCUCUGAUCCAGGCCCCACCCCCUCUCCUCUGAUCCAGGCCCCACCCCCUCUCCUCUGAUCCAGGCCCCACCCCCUCUCCUCUGAUCCAGGCCCCACCCCCUCUACACUGAUCCAGGCCCCACCCCUUCUCCAUCUCACUCUGUUUCUCUAAAUCCUAAGAGGCAGAACUGGUCCUAGGUCAGCAGUACGGUUCCUGGACUCUGAAAACGUGUCCUGAUGUAUACUUGAUUCUGAGGAUGACCUUCCUGACCCAAGCAGACUUAUUUAACUGAUGGCCUUUUUAUGUGGAGGUGCUCCUGGAGGUUUUAUGUGGAGGUGCUCCUGGAGGUUUGAGUGCACUACUGAGAGAAAAUGAACUAUGUUUAUUUGUGUUUAUUUACGGUUGUUAUAUAAUUCUUAUAUUAUGAUGACAAUAAAAGACUGGUCAGACUGUU